UGCACGGGCCGGGGGCUCACAGGGAGCCGGGGCUGGCGCCGGGGCGGGGGUCCCGCCGUUGCUCGCCAUGGCUUGCCUGAGCAGGCGGUGUCUGCAGCGGCAGAAGGGCUUUAUCCUGGACGGGGUGGCCGUGGACACGCUGGCCGGCAGCUACGCGCACAUCCCGCCCAAGCUCUGGUCCGCUUUGCCCCCCUACAACGCCCAGCUGGACGGCCACGCCGCCAGCUACUUCGCGUCCCCCGCGGUCAAGGCCCUGCUGAAGAACACGGAGCAGCACCGAGGUGGUACAUCCAGGGAUGGUUGGAUAGUGGAUUAUUUCCACAUCUAUGGGCCAGGGCAGAGGUACCUGAACAGGAGGAACUGGGCAGGUGCAGGCCACUCUUCUGAGCAGGUGGGCGGCCACUACAGCUUCCUGGCAGAUGUGAAACCCAUGAAGGGCUACAACGGGCGCUUCGGCUAUCGUCGCAACACCCCGGACCUGCGGGUGAAUUCGUCCUGCUUCGGCGAAGUCACUGUGUUCCCACUCCACUGAUGCCGAAAGAGCUGCUUCUCACAUACCCCCGAUGCCAGCCCCUCCGGGUGCCAUGGAGACCUGGAGACACUGAUUAGGAGUAAGAAAUGGGAGCUAAAAUAAAAUAUUUGUUCUCGCUUGUUCUAUUUUAA